AUGUCUUUUUCGACAGUCAUAUUUAAAUUGUCUUCUACCAGUUCAAAUGAUAAUUACUGCAGUUGGUCUUAUAAAUUCUCUAAAGUUAUACCAGAAGUAUAUUUAAAACAAAAGAUAACGGAAUAUGAAUUAUCAGAAAAAUAUAAAAAUUUUAUUGGGGAACUAUGGCUUAGUAGAUGGAAAAAGAAAAUGAUAUAAGAUUUUAAAAAGUAUAAGAAUACUUAGGAAUUUAAUAUUUUUUUUAACAACUUAGAGGAUAAAUGGAUGCAUUACAAUCCCAGUAUGAAGGAAGAAUAUCAAUCAUAUCUUUAUGAUGUAUGCUCUAGUUGGAGCAUAGAUUAAUGUAUGGAACGGUUUAAAUAUUAUAUAACAUCAAAUUUUGAGGGCUGGUUGAAUGAAAAUAUAUCUUUCUACUAUAAACUUAUGACAUCCAAAUUGAUUAGGUGGAAUAAGAAGAAGAAAUGCGAAUGGGAUUUAAUCGAAAAUAACUUUUGCGAAGUACGUUGAAGGAAAAAUAAAUUACGUGAAGAUUCAAAUUUUUAUUUAAGUGCUGCAGCUUAUCCAUAUUGAGUAAAUAUAAAAAAAAGAGAAGAGACAAUGUGGGAAUUUUUAAUUUAGAAUAUUAAAAAAGAAUAUGUAGAUAAUACAGUCACAACCUUGACACCAAUGGCUCAACAAAUUACGGAGGCUUAUAAUUAUUGGUUAGCAUUGUUCUAUAUAAAUUCAAUAGAAAAUAAACUCUGGAAUGUGUGGAUUAUAGAAAAGAAAAUGAAAUAG